AUGGAAAGAAGGCUACUAAAGAAGGAAAUGAAAAAACUCCUGGGAGAUUAUAUUGGCAUCAGACUUCGGGAAAAUGAAUUUGACCCAAAAGGAAGAAGGCAACUCACCUUUCUAGAUCAUAUGGCACACUAUGACUUGGCCAUCAAUGUUGCUUUGCAGUGGCUGGAUCACUCAGAAGACUUAACUUGGCUGGAGUGGAAGAAAGUGAAAAUGCCAUUUCGGGGUAGACCCAUAUAUCCAAACCACAGAGAACGAGAAGCAAUGAUUUUAUCGUCUUAUGCUGGAAUCUUAAUGAACAGUAUCCCAAUUGAGGAAGUCUUUAAAAUUUAUGGGGCUGAUUCUUCUACCAAUUCUGGUGCUACCAAGGUUCCCAGAGCUCCACCCUUCCACCUCUCCUUGCACCCUUUUGCCAUGUUAACAGCACCCAAAGCAGCAGAAUAUGCCCGCAAACAGAGUGUCAAGUUAAGAAGGGGAGCAACGAAUCAAAAUGCCACCAGCAGCUCUACAAAGGAAGCAAAUGUCACAGAAUGGAAACCAUAA